AUGGCGCUAGGUCAUAUUGAUCAAUGGUUGAUAUUAUUUGCUAUAGCUCUGAUUCAUAACCACGUUGCGAACGCUCUACACUGCGGCAAUACCGUGCAAAACAUACAACUCGAACAAUUUUGCGACUGUCAAGUCGACUGUAAAAAUCAAUAUGAUGAAAUCGGAUGUGCUCCAAUUAAUGCCACAGCAGUUCAAAAUAGUGUAACCAGUUGCAAAGGAAAUUCAUGUUCAUUAAACGAUGGAAUCGUAUAUACACAAUUAUGCAAGCCUUUAACCUGCCCCUUAUGGAAAUUCGAUACACGAACGCAAUCAACACAAAACGCAAGCUGCGUUAAACUUCCAUGUAUUGCCGGAUGCCUAUGUGGCUUAAGUUAUAUGAAGUGUGAGAGUGGUCGCAGGACUAAAAGCAUCAAGCGAAUGAUGAUUCCAUACCAGCACGUGUUAGUAACAUGA